CGUAUCAAUUGUCUUGCUUCUUUAAAUUGGAGUGGUCGUGUCUAAGGAAAGCGAUUUGAAAUCUUCAGUCAAACGUAAUUUUGAGAUAAAUAAAAAUGCUGAUGUUAGAAAGCUGCUGUUGCUGCAUCCCAUUGAGGUGCGGCUGUCUCGUUAUAGGAUACAUAUAUCUAGUUGGCGCUGUGAUACAAGGCGUUCUCUCAAUCAUCGAUCUGAAGUCAGCUCUGAAGAUUUUAAGUUAUGGCUUUGAAAGUGGAAAUUUGUUUACGACUGUUUUGAUCACGACCAGCGCAAUCACUCUAAUCAUUACUUUAUUUUUUGUAAUCUUUAAUAUUUUUUUGCUGAUUGGACUGCACAAGAACCGUCGUUCUUACGUGAAGGCAUUUUUGAUCUACAAUUUGAUAUUCACUAUCAUCUGGACCGUUCUGUUCUUUGCGGCGAUCCUUGUUUCAACACAUAUGGGGUGGUUCGCAGUGGUGUCGUUAAUAAUACUAGGUAUAUGGAUAUAUUUCCUUUUAACCAUCCUAAGCUACUUCAACGAGAUGGGUUCAAGUAAUUCCGUCGGACAGUUCGCCCGUCCUCAUAGACGGUAGACCUGGUGCGUGGUGGUGUGAAAAUUUCCCCUUUUGUAUUUUAAAUCGUAUUAUAAUAUAUAAUCAAUAUAUUUUUUUAAUCAGAAAUAAAUGA